AUGACGAUCCGUGGUGCCACAACAAAAAAUUACAUGUACAACUGGCCAGUACGCACUGGAAGUUGUCGAGUCUCCGCACGACAAACAAAAGGCACCGAGAAAGCUGCCGGCCGCGAAGAAGAAUGUAUAAAAUUCAAAAAAAAAGCCGCCCCUUUGAAAGCAAUGCGUCGGCCGCCGCGAUGCAAUCGUAUCAAGAAAGAAUAUUUCAAGUUUCGACUGGCCAUUUUUGUAAGGCCUUUGGCGUUUAGUGUGACAGGGCAAUGGAAUGAGGAAUGGGACCAGUACCUAAUGAGUGAGCUGGAUCCAGGAGAAUCAUUGAACGCGUUGGAUGCGUUAGAUGAGGAGUCGUUGAUGAUGACCCCGGUUACGGUGGCCCCGGUUACGGUGGCCCCGGUUACGGUGACCCCGAUUACGGCGACUCCGGUUACGGUGACCCCGGUUACGGUGACCCCGGUUACGGUGACCCCGGUUGCGGCGACCCCGAUUACGGUGACCCCAGUUACGGCGACCCCGGUUUCGGUGGCCCCGGUUACAUAUGAAUGGAAUGAGGAAUGGGACCAGUACUUAACGAAUGAUCAGAAUGCGGGGGGAUUAGAUAUCGUAAAUGACUUUAAUCCGGACUGGUACCUGAUGGAUGACCAGGAUUCAGGAGAAGCGGGUACGUUGGACUCGUUGGAGGUGGACUGGGAAUUGUUCGCAACGGAAGCAGCACCAAAUGUUACGAUAGACCAGCGCUACGAAGAACCAGCGUUUCUUGCCGGACAGCGAGCGGAGGUACAGGGUCAGCCUGACGUAGGGCAGCCUUGUGUCGGGGGGGGUGCGGGGCUCACUGCCCGUGUCCUGAGUGGCUGUCUAGCAGAAGGUGUGGAUCCUGUGCAGCCUUAUAGCGUUGAGGAAGGCGAGAUUGUGCGACACGUUUUCGAGUGUUUCCAAAGAAUAGCACCGCAGCGAAAUGUGGGCGUCUCGUUCGAUGUGUGUGCAUGGCGCGCACAGGGUGUAGCCCUUUUUUUACGAGAGAGGUUGUCCGACCGACGACUCGGUGCAAGCAAUGACUCGGGCGUUGGUAAAACAGACUCCGAGUCGAAGCGCCUGUUCGAGAGGCUGGUCGCUGUGGCGGAAGAGAAGUUGAGGAAGCCUCCUGGAGUCUCGGAUACUUGGUUCCUAGCUUGCGCGAUAGACGAGUUGGGAAUAUCAAACUCCCUAGCGCGGUGGAUGCCGAAGGAGCUUGCCGGUGGAGUCGGCUGGGAUUCUUUCUUGCCACUCUACAGAGGCACCAUUCCAGAGGACCUGCCGCGACUGCCUCAAAGCAAGGAGGCAAUGAAGUUAGUAAGCACCGCUUCCAAACUCCAGUUCUGGCUGCACCAAGCGGCAUCCGCUUUUCACGCUGGGAAGCCGGCGGCAACGCAAACAAAUCGAAGAAAAAGAAUGGUAACUGCCCUGCGCAAGGCACUUGGUCCGAAGAUAUUCGACGAAGAGAUCGAGAGUUGGGCCACUCGCAUGGUUUUAGGUGAAACCGAGUUGUCCACUUGUGACCGGGCUUCAUUGAUGUUGUGCCGCGUAGACAUCCCGACGAAGAGAAUCAGAAGAUAUAUCGGCAGACUGGGCCCUUCCUAUGCCUCCGAAGAGAACCAGGGCGUGCGCACCCCGCGUUCGAGCCUGCCGCAGUCGAGCUUUUCUAGCUGGGAUGCGGCUGCUGAGACAGACUUAAAGGGUUUCAUAAAAAGUGUAAUACAGACGUGUGUUAAAGCCGAACAGAGGGCGGCAGAACGGUGCGGAAAGGCGUGGAUGGAUCGGGAAGGGAUGAUGUCGGCAAAGGGGAAGCGAGAGAUAGUCAAGUUUGCAACAGAUCGGAUCACACCCGUCUACCUCAACCAGCUGGCUCACUAUCGAACAAUGCCGGACUUCAGCCGCUGUUGGUGGCGAUGGGUGCAUCUGGCUGGCGUGAUCAACGACCAACUGGGCCGCCAUGCAGUUGACGGCUUGGUGGCACAAGCCGAGCGAGUGGUCCCGCGACCUGCCAAUGUCCCACAACUUUGGUUCCUCGCCAAUUUACUACGCUGUCCUACCUCCGUUGAGGUUUUUGACCAGUGCAUCCAUUCGCUUCUCAGCAACCACAACAGCGGUUGGACGUCUGCCAUCAACCUGCACUUGGACAUCUUCCCCAACGAAUUCGGCGCACUGCCUGAAUCGCGAGCAUCUCAACGACUGCUGACCAUCCUCUGCUGGACCGCCCAUUGGCUCAAGGUAGGAACCGAACAUUUUGGACAGACCGUAGGGGAAACGGAGGCCCGCCUGGAAAGUGUCUGGCGUUCUUCCUGUUUCGCUGAACACGUUGAGUUCGUUCGCGAAGCUCUCGGGGACCACUUCGGUCAACUCGUUUCGCUGUUUAGAGCGCGACUUCCCCCAGCUGAUGAGGUCUCCGAUAGUCAGCUAAUGGCCUCCACGUUCAAGUACUCAGGCCUCAAAAAAGUGCAAGCCGGCAGAUUUCUAAGUCGAUUCAACCUCCAGUCCACACUCCCGUCCACACUCCCGUCCACACUCCCGUGCACCACCUCACGAACAACGAAACGAAAACGUUCCGUACACGAAGAUGCCGAGCCGGCCGAUGCCUUCUCGAAAAGGCCUUCAACUUCCGCCGACCACCCGAUUGGGGACUCUCCAGCCACACACACCCUCUCAAUUAACUAA